UCCUGACUCACAUAUACUUAGUUAACUUUACUCAGUAAUAUAAAAUACAUACUUCUUACUAGGUUUUGUUGAGUUACAGUCAAAUGCAGGUUGAAAAUAACAAUUUACUUAAUUGUUUGAGUGACACUUACUUGAAACAAGCAAGUAGCAACAAAGGAUGCAAUGACGUUAUUACACCAGUGAGAGGCAGCAGUGCAAUAAAGCGUACCUAAUGUGCAGAAAAAAACGAAGAAAAAGAAGCGGCACUGCAAGAGCAUGCGUAAUUUGUACGUAUCUUGGCGCCAAUUCUCCAGAUGUGGAAAGACGUUGAGAGGCCACCUACGUUUUUAUCCGGAGCUUCGUUACUUUUUUGAAAGAAAAAGAAUAAUAAUAAGAGGAAGUCCUUCUGGCAGCUGCCUCCUGAUUGGUCUUCCACAAACAGGUCUUGAUACACUGCAGAUGCAGUGGAACUGUAAGCACUGUGUUUUUUCUGAAAACAAAAGAGGACUUUUGUUAAAACAUUAUCGUUUAAAACAUGGAGGCUUCACUCGGCAACGGCCAAUACCAGAGACAAAGUUUAACAGGUUAUUCACCACAGAUCUGCAGAGUAACGUUUAUGGUGCUGUGGAUCGCUACACGCCACGCUUUGUCACAAUCUUCAAGUCCAAGAAAGGGACCGUUGGAGAGACAUUGGAUGAGCUUAUGCAGCAAAUGAAUACAGGGAAAGAAGCAGACGUGACAGCAAUGCGCACUCUUGUGCUCCGGGGCUUACCUAUCCUGCUUGGUGUUGAUGCCAUUAACUUCUACAACACCUGCAAUGCAUGUGAUGUUGAUGGCUGGCCACAAGUGUCCGUUGGGGUGCUGGCUGUUAUUGAUGAAGAAGAUCCUCUCAUUCCGAAUAAACUGUACCUUGACCGAGUGUCUACUGCAGUCAUUGUGGAGGGAGGUAUAGUACUGGAUAAUCUGCAUAAUAUGCCUCAGGCAAUUUGCAUCUUGUUUGGUCUGUCUUAUGCUUUAAAUUUGAAGUAUCCAAAAGGCAUGAUCAACACUUUCAGACACCAGUUUGUUCUGUUUGGGACAGAACAAACUGCCACCAAAACUACAAUCUCUGAAAAAUCUCCUGUUGAGCUGAGAUGUAAUCACAUGUGCAAGAGUGAUGAUAUUUGACAUUUGAUUAAAAAAAAAAUGUUCUGACUGGGGAAUAAGAGUAGUUGAUAGAGAAAAAAAAGAAAACUAAGGCACUUGUUUAAAAUUGUCAGCCCAUUGGUUCUUGAGCAAGUUAAGAGGCUGCCAGUGUAAUCGACAUUUGUCAGAGACAUUGCUUUUGGCACUCGUCAACUCGUUGGUUCCAUCAAGUUUGGUCUCUGAAAUGUUGUUGAUUUAAAGUUGUUAAUUCAAGGUAUGGCCCAUUUACUUAUAUAGAAAACCUGACUAUUUGCAUUCUUUUUACCCCAGUGCAAACUUGUGUGUACCAUCCUUGUGUCAGUUGUUAUGAAAAAUAAAUAUAUUUACCUUUGAA